UUUGUUAGCCCACUUGUAUGGAUUUUCCGGAGGUUGAAAAUGCACCAAUCAUUAAAUCCAAAUUUGGGAUCAAAUGCUGCUCAGCAUAUGUGUAGAUUUGAACUCUCCAACACUAUAUUGAGAUAUUAUAGCAGUAUAUAGUACUGAUGCGGAGCCAUACAUGCAAUUAGUGUGUCAAGGUAUUCCUCUUAUUCAUCCAGAAUACAUCUAUAGACUCGACAUUUCUAACUCUGAACACAUAGACAGUCUUGAUUACAAGAAUGUCUCAGCAAUCCAUUUUCUUCAUUCUACUCUUGUGCCUUCUGCUGGCUUUGGGCAGCACAAGUGCCGAGUCUAUCAGCAAAGGAACUAGCAUAACCAGGCCUAAUUGCCAAAGCAAGUGUGGGAACUUAACAGUUCCAUACCCAUUUGGCAUUGGCCUAGGAACAGGUUGCUCGUUAGGCUCAUGGUUCGAUGUAAACUGCAAUACUUCAUUCACUCCACCGAGACCCUUUAUUGGCACAGGCAACCUAGAGAUUCUCGACAUAUCAGCUAAUACAUUAAAAAUCAAGAAUUGGGUGGCCUCAAGAUGCUACAACCAAUUUGGCAAUAUAACGCAGGACAACAAAGUAUCAGUUGAUCUUGCGACUACCCCUUUUACCUUUUCAGACAUCAACAAGUUCUCUGUCCUGGGCUGUGAUGAAUUUGCACUGAUAGCUGGAUCAGAAGGACGUAAUUUCACCAGUGGAUGUGUCUCAGUUUGUUCCAGCAAUCGGGAUUUGAUUGACGGAGAUUGUUCCGGCAUUGGAUGUUGUCAGACUGCCAUUCCAAAGGGACUGAAGAGGUUUAAUACAAAUCUUGGCACUCUCUAUAGUCAUCUAAACAUUUGGUCAUUUGCCCCUUGUGGUUAUGCCUUUCUUGGAGAUCCUGACAGCUUCAGAUUCAGUGUGUCCGAUCUCAACGACACGGCUUUCCAGAACAGGACCAUAGAGAAUGUGCCGGUGGUUCUGGACUGGGUAAUUGGGACUCAGAAUUGUAGUGAAGCUCAGGGAUCCAGUGAUUUUGCCUGUCUCCAGAAUAGCUACUGUGUUGAUUCAGAUACUGGUCUUGGGGGAUACAGAUGUAGCUGUUCAGAAGGAUAUGAGGGGAAUCCAUAUCUUAGUCUAGGCUGCAUAGAUAUCAAUGAAUGUGAAACCAAUCCAUGUGAUGAAAAUGGAAUCUGCACAAACAUACAGGGCAGCUAUACCUGUUCCUGUGCAAACGGGUACUGGGGAGAUGGGAGAAAAGAUGGCCGUGGUUGCAUUACCAAGAACCAUCAGUUCCCAUUAAUCAAGUUUGCAUUAGGCAUGAGUUUUGGCCUCUUGGCUUUAGUAAUUGCUGUGACUUGGCUAUACUUCGGUAUCAAGAAAAGGAAGCUCAUAAACCUGAGGGAGAAAUUCUUCCGACAAAAUGGUGGGCUGCUGUUGAAGCAGCAACUUUCUUCACAUGAUGGUAGUGUGAAAUCAACCAGGAUAUUUACUGCAGAAGAACUUGAAAAGGCCACCAACCAUUAUGCAGAUGAUCGCAUCCUAGGCCGAGGUGGUUAUGGCACAGUUUAUAAAGGCAUACUGCUUGAUCCACAUCAAAUUGUUGCAAUCAAGAAAUCACGAAUAAUGGAUCAGUGUCAGAUAGAGCAGUUCAUCAAUGAGGUGAUUAUUUUGACUCAAGUUAAUCACCGAAAUAUUGUCAAACUUUUAGGCUGUUGUUUGGAGACUGAAGUUCCUUUAUUGGUAUACGAAUAUGUCUCAAAUGGUACGCUUUUUAACCAUAUCCAUAAUAAUGGAGGAAUCUCUUGGUUUUCUUGGGACAAUCGUCUUAGAAUUGCAACAGAGGCUGCUGGUGCAUUAGCCUAUCUCCAUUCUGCAGCUGCAAAGCCAAUUAUUCACAGAGAUGUCAAGUCUCCCAAUGUACUUCUAGAUGAAUACUACAAUGCAAAAAUUUCAGAUUUUGGGGCAUCGAGAUUGGUCCCCAUCGAUCAAACACAAGUGACUACUUUAGUCCAAGGAACCUUAGGUUACUUAGAUCCUGAGUACUUCCAAACGAGCCAGCUAACUGAAAAAAGUGAUGUCUACAGCUUCGGAGUAGUUCUUGCAGAGCUUAUGACGGCCAGGAAACCUCUCUCAAAUACGAAAACCAGCAAAGAGAAGAGCCUGGCCACUUUUUUUGUGGUGUCAAUGAAAGAAAACUGUCUGUUCCAGAUUUUGGAUCCUCGUGUUCUAAAAGAAGGGAGUUUGGAACAACUCCAAGCAGUUGGUGAGCUUGUGAAGAGAUGUCUUAAGUUGCAUGGUGAAGAAAGACCGACAAUGAAAGAAGUGGUGACUGAACUUGAAAGCUUACGGAAGUUCACUAAGCAUCCUUGGGUUCAGCAACAAGUUCAAGAGGAAGCUGUUGGGUUGAUGAGUGAGGAAUCUUCAGAUUUAUACACUGUCACAAUUGAUCCUCAGUUUAGUACCGGGGAGUACUCUGGACAGCAUAAUUCGGGCACUACACCUUUGAUCUAUGGCGGUCAUGGCCCCCGCUGAUAAGUUGGUUUUUUCCAACAUUUACUUGAGAAUAACCUCCUGUUUUUUUGUAAUGUGUGCUGGUUGUUUCAGCCCUUCAAGUGGCUAAUAUUCUCUAUUUUCUUUGGGAUUUUAUUUCGAGCAAAGAAUGUUGCAUUACUAUUUCCUUGUUGUCAACCUAUGUAGGAGAGCAGAUGUCU